CUCGAGCUCUCCCCAUGAGGAGCAGCAGUGUGGACUGAUGUUCGCGCUCUUAUCAGCUGCACUGCGCGUCCGCGUCCCUCUGCGUCUCCCGGAGGGACAUUUACCCGAAACCUGGACACCGCUGGAAUCAGAUUGAAAAGCUGCUGGUAACAGUUGAGUCUAGAAGAUGGGACAGGCUUCUUGACAGUGAAAGGAAAUAUGCAGCAGAAGAACUAAGCAUGGCUGCACAUCGAAUUCGAGCAACAAAUAACAACAAUGCAAUACCACGCUGCAAGUCUGAGGGAACUCUUAUUGAACUAAGCUCUGGAGUGUCAGAAGCCACCCUCUAUGAGAAAGGGCCGAGCCCCAGCACUUUACGGCUGGAAACUACUGCAUCAAUUGAAUCUGCCAGAAAAGUCAUCGCCAUUAAAGAUUAUUGUCCAUCAACCUUCACCACAUUAAAGUUUUGUAAAGGAGACCAUCUUUAUGUUCUUGACACGUCUGGUGGAGAGUGGUGGUAUGCCCAUAACAACACAGAAAUGGGAUACAUCCCAGCAGCCUAUGUCAAGCCCGUCCCGCAUGGAGAAUCUUUGUCCUGUGACAGUGGUAUGAUUGACGGCAUAGGAGACACUUCUAAUGAUGAGGGGUCCAGAGUGCUCGAGCAACGUGGAGAGUGGUCAGAGCAAGUUAAACCUACUGUUCCUCAAAAUGGAAACCCCUUCAUGAAUAAGCGGAUGUCUCUCAACCCAUUCCUUGAAGGUGCUUUACUUACUGAUCAAAACACUAUCCAGAGCUCCAUGGAUCGCCUCGGUUUCGAUACGUCCUCCUCUCCAGACUCAAAAAACAGCAGCAGUAUUAACGUCAACAAGUUUGGAAGUAAUAUUUUGGAUACAUAUGGUUUGAGCCCUGGCACAGAGAAAGGUCCAGUUCUUAGAAGGAACAAUCCAUUUUAUAGAAGCAAGCGUUGUUACAGUUUGUCCGAACUGUCCAUCCUACAGUCACAGGCAGAUGCACCUCCAGAAUUCUUGGGGUUUUUUGGUAGUAUGAAAGCGCCUUCACCCGAGCAGUUUCAGAGUAGAGAAGACUUCAAAAAUGCCUGGUUAAACCACCGUAAGUUUACAAGGUCCUGCCAUGACCUAGAUUCAAUUGGGCAAAAUCCUGGAUGGGGUCAAACUCAGCCAUUAGAGACCAAUAUCGUGUGCAAACUGGACAGCUCAGGUGGCGCUGUUCAACUACCUGACACUAGUAUCAGCAUCUUUGUACCUGAGGGCCACGUUGCACCAGAUGACACUCAGCAGAUAUCCUUAAAGGCCUUGCUGGACCCACCAUUGGAGCUAAACAAUGACAAAUGUACUACUGUGAGCCCUGUGGUGGAGAUCAAGCUUAGUAACAUGGAAACUAAAACCACUGUGACAUUAGAGAUGAAAGUGUCUGUUGUAGUCAAGAUGGAGAGUCGACAAACGACGGAAGUGAUCUGUGUCCGCAGCGAUUGCAAGGACGGACCCUACGUUCCAGUUCCUCACGUCUUUAUGUAUGGAGAUACAAUCCAGGUAACCUUGGACAAUUUGGAGCCAUGCAUGUAUGUAUCAGUCGUUGCUCAAGCCAAGGUUUUAGCCCCAUACAACACAGUCUGGGAGCAUGUUGUAAAGAAAGUUACACUUGGCGUAUACGGCCCCAAGCAUAUCCAUCCAUCCUUUAAGACAGUCGUUGCCAUGUUUGGUCAUGAUUGUGCCCCAAAAACAUUGUUAGUAAGUGAGGCCAAAAAACAGUCACACUGUAUUCCACCAGUAUCCCUUCAACUCUGGGGGAAACACCAGUUUGUACUUGCCAAGCCACAAGAUCUUAAGGUUGGUCUGUUUUCCAACAUAUUAAAUUUUGAGGUGAAAAUUACUGAGCAGACUAGGGUGGUAAGGAGUUUUCAGUUGAAACUCGGUAAAGUAUCACGCCUCAUCUACUUGAUAUCCGCUCGAGAGCCGGACAACAUCUCAGACUUCACUUUGCGCAUUCAGGUUAAAGAUGACCAGGACUGCAUCCUUGCCCAGUUUUGUGUUCAGACUCCACCUCCUCCACCAAAGGUUGCGCCAAGCUCAGUGCAGCGUCGCUUUUUGAAGAAAAAGGAAACAAACAAAACUGUACUGUCACCUCUUAUAAGUGUCACAAAAUACCCUGUGUUCCAGGACAGACCAGUUAAAAAUGUCAGGUUUGCAAAGCUGCUAAAAACCGUCCUUAGACAAAGCAAGAGCCAGUAUUUGCUGGAGUAUGUAAAAGGGGAUGUGGUGACACUUUUGAGUGAUGAAAAAAUCAAACUUAAAGGGCAUCUUUGGACCAAGGAGUGGUACAUUGCAUACUAUCAUGGCCGAGUUGGAUUGGUUCAUGCCAAGAACAUUCUCAUAAUGGGAAAAGUCAAACCAGUUAAUUUAAAGGGGCCUGAGCUGACCUCUACGCUUCUUUUAGAACAAAUUCUAGUCCCCAGCAAAUGUCUGACUUACAUGUACUCCUCAUUGAGGACUAUAUUAAUGGAAAACAUAAAUAGCUGGAGAGCAUUUGCUGAUGCUUUGGGCUAUGUCAACCUUCCUCUGGCACACUUUUGCCGUACAGAGCCGAACAGUGAGCCGGAAAAAGUGGCCUGUGUACUCGAGAAGCUUAAAGAGGACUGCAACACAACUGAAGUGAAGCAAAAGAAGUCUUUCCAAAAGGAGCUCUUUAUGGCCCUGUUAAAACUGGACUGUCAGGGGCUGGUGGCUCAGCUCGUGAAAGACUUUGCGCUUCUUACUGCAGCAGUGGAAGUAGCUGAGCGCUGGAGAGAGCUCGCGGAAAAACUGUCCAAAGUGUCCCGUAAACAGAUGGAUUCUUACGAGGCUCCUUACCGAGGCACGGAUGGCAAGAUUGAGAGCGAGGCCAUGUGGAAGCCUGCGUUUGAUUUCCUGAUAACGUGGGCGGCCCAGAUCGGCGACAGUUACAGGGACAUACUCCAGGAACUUCACACCGGCCUCGACAGAAUGAAGAACCCCAUCACCAAGCGCUGGAGGCACUUAACAGGAACGCUCAUCCUCAUCAACUGCCUGGAGCUCCUACGCAGCACCGCCUUCAGCACCGCUCCCCAGGACGAGUGCGCCAUAUAAACGUCACAGAUGCACCAGAUGUUUCAAAGGAAUCAGAUCAAAAGAAGUAGCCUGUACUUUGCUGUAGAUUCAAGGCUGAAAUCAAAUUGCCCAGAGAGAAAUAGCACUUUAUGAUAUAAGGGGGGGGGCCCAGUCCUCUGAUACACAGUUUCAAGUGAACAAAGUAGAUUUGGAAGGUAAUAAUAGUGUUUUCCCACUGGGGCAAAAUCACACAGACAAAUUCUCUGUUCAAAAAUGACGCAUUGAGUGCUUUUCUGCACAAAAUUGAGUUGCCUUCUCAAUUGCUCCUGGUCAUCAGGUUCAGGUUUUCAUCUAGAGCUUCACAAAUCGUCUUCAUGUCAGUCUGGGUUUACUUCUAGGUUCUCUGGUUUUCUUCCACAUCUCAUCCACGCAUGGCGACUAUGUGAUGCCCUGCAAUGGACCACCAUCUUAUGCGCCAAUAAAGCCCUUCCUGAAUAUGAAUUAAUGAAUAGGUUUGUACUGAAUGUUUAGCUUCCCUGCCUUUCCAUCAUAUUUGUUGCCAGUUAUUUUACCAUUCGCAUGUAUGUUUCAAUAAAAUAAGCAACCUGAACGAACAAUCAUCACAUGUUUAAAUGUGUGUGAACAAUUCUAAUCUACUGUUGGACCCAAGUGAAUAAAAAUCAUCAUGGAGUCCACACUGCACUUAAUUUAUAUUAUAUGCUCCUUAAUAUUCACACGGCUUUAAUCCAACCUGUGAUUUGAUCGUGGCUAGAUCGUGAGUAAGUACCCUCACUCCUACGGAUUUCACAUAUAUUAAACCACGUCUUCAUUUUAAGCAAGACUGCUGGCACCCAUGAACCACGAAAAGCCAAACCACAAAAAACAGCACAUUGGUAAUAUUGUGUGAGUAUUGAUAUUAUUUACAUUCUGGUUAUUCUGCUGUAGAUUUAAGAUUAUUUCAAACCCUGUUUCGAACACUAUUAACUUUGUUGAAUGUUACGCAUUCAAAUGACUGAUAGAAAGAAAUAUAAUGCUUGAAAAUAUGUACCAAAUAGUGUAUUUAUGUACAGUAAAUGUACAUCCGAGUAUUAACACUGGUUUGUAUUUGUACAUAGAUUUUUGCAAAUAUGGUUUCAUGCUAUUUAUCAAGAACCACUAAGAUCCACAUGGACCAUAAUGUCUGUACUGCCUAGUUUUAUACAUUUUUGCACCAAAUGAACCAUUUCAUUAUAUUGUCACAUCUAAAAAGGGCGUUCAGGUCAAACCGGGACUUUGGUUAGCACGGAAUAACAACACAAUCAUGAGAGUAAAAAACUAGUUAUCUGCAACAAGUUAUCUGCCGAUUUUCAAGGAUCAAGCAUUAGAAUCAUUAAAUCUUUACAGGAACGAUUAUUCGUCAUUCACAGGCCUGUUUUAAAGCAUGUGCACCAUUCAGAGUCACCGUACUGUUUUCUGUCAAUGUCAAUCACGUUUACGCCUCCUUUCACCAAAAUUCACAAGUCCCGGUUUGACUUGAACGCCCCUUGUAAUACACAGUGCUUGAUGUCUUUUGUGAUGUUGAUGAGUAUUUAUCUCAAAGCAUACUUUUUUUUUACUUUAUUGUUGGAUAUGUGCACGUAAACCCUGAUGUGAGUGUAAAUAUUGCAUCUAAAUCGACUGUAAACAUUUUUAGCUAAAGACUCGAUUUGUACCUGUGCUCGCUGCAAAUUGUAUUGUUUGAAGAAUGUGACACUUGUUUCGUAUCGUAUUUAAUGUCUUGAGUUUAAAACAGCAACCUUGAAAAUGUACGGUUGUGAAAUAAACCUGCGCUUUGUAUGUUUAUGGUUAUGCAAGCCAUAGGGGGUAAAGGUAAGGGAAAUCCAAUAAUCUGCUUUCUGUUUGCUAUUUUUUGCUUGUCAAAUGUUUGGAUAGCAUCUCUGCUUUAGUGAGAUUAAAAUAAUAUAUUUUCGGGAAAAAACAAAAAAAUACCGUUUGUAUUUUCAGCAAGAUCACUGUUUUUAACCAAGGUUUUUUUAUUUUUUCGUUAUUUUAGUCCUUUCCCCUUAUCUACGAUUUUACAAUAACGGAUUUGACUUCACAUAAAAAAACAAGAACGAUUUGGUAAUAAAUACUGAGAGCUUCACACUCUCCUUCACCCUGAUCUUAUCCAUAAAUCAACUUUUUAUCCACGUUGACUCUUUCUUUGGAAAGGACCACUGAGGAACUGCUUGACGAAAAACACGAGGUCAUGAUGUUCUUUCAUUUUGCAUGCUUAGUAUAAUCACUUUCUGCACUUGUUUAUGGGAAGCUGCUUUAUACAGAGCAAAUGCAAAGGUGAGAAACCUUGUGAAAGUCAAGUCUACUUAGUGCAUCACUAUUUCACAGGGUUUUAUCUCAGUUAAAUGUGUAUUAUUUAUGAAUAAUGGCCAAUGGAAAGGAAAAAAAAACUGUAGAAGAGGUGAAUAGAGAGAAUUUGCAUUGUAAUUAUAUGUGACUUUUUCAUUGCAUGUCUGAAAUAAAUAGGUUUUAUAGUACAGAA